AUGCCCAGCCCCAUGCUCCGCUCCGCGUCGUCCAACGCGGCCGUCUCCUCGACGUGCAAGAGCCACGGCCUCACGCAGCGCGAGUUCCGGCAGCUGCGCGACAGCGCCGUCGCGGCAAAGGACACGGCCUACUGCCCCUACAGCAAGUUUCGCGUCGGCGCCGCGCUGCUCGGCCCUAAGAAUCGCGACGGCGAUGAGGAUGAGGAGGAGGAUGAGCACGAGAAUGGGGAGGAGGACGAGGAGGACAAGAUUGUCACGGGCGCCAACGUCGAAAACGCAAGCUACCCCGUGGGGACGUGCGCGGAGCGCGUCGCGCUCGGCAAUGCCGUCACGAGGCCCGGCUGGAGGAGGCACGCGAGGGGCGGGUUCAGGGCGCUGGCUGUGGCGACGGAUGUGAGCCCGCCGGCGAGCCCGUGCGGCAUGUGCCGGCAGUUCAUCCGCGAGUUUUGCAGCAUGGAGAUGCCCGUCAUCAUGUUUGACAAGAAGGACCAGUACCUCGUCCUCACCGUCGAGCAGCUGCUGCCCUCGUCGUUUGGGCCCAACGACCUGCCGCCGCCGGACAAUGCCGAGUAG